AUGGAGAAAAUUAGAAAUAUAUUAUUAAUAGGCAAUGCUGGUAAAGGAAAAUCCACUUUAGCAAACGUUAUAACUGGAACUAAUGAAUUUGAAGAAAAUACGAAUCGUAUUCGUGGAACUGAAAAACCAAAAUCUACAGAGUUUGAACAUGAAGGAAUAAAAUAUCGCAUUAUUGAUACAGUUGGAAUUGCUGACUCAUCCAAGUCAACGGGUGAAAUAUUAAGUAAAUUAGAAGACAAAACUGAUAUUAUUAGUGAAGGUUUAAAUCAAAUAUUAUUUGUAACUAGUGGUCGUUUUACUCAGGAAGAAGUUGAAGCUUUCAAUUUAUUAAGUAAAGCUAUUUUUGAUGAUCAAGUAACUGAUUUUACUACUAUUGUCUGCACAAAUUUUGCCAAAUUCGAAGAUAAAGAGACUUGUGAAAAGGAUCGUAAAACAUUUCGUGAGGCAACUAAAGGACUAUCAAAACAGCUUGCUGAUACCAUGAUUAUUUAUGUUGAUAAUCCACCAAUUGAAGGUCGUUAUCGGUCAAUAGCAGAGGGAUCGCGAGAAGAAUCUCGUAAAAUAGUGUUAACACAUCUAGAAACUUGCCAAAAAGUUUAUCGACCUGAACUACUUGUUAAAUAUAGUAAAAUGAUAGAUGAAUUUAAUUUAAUAAUAAAUGGCUCUAAUGAGGCAAUUAUUAAUGUUGAUUUUCAUCUAAAUAAUAGUAUCAACUAUUUAAAAGAAUUCGUUAUUCAACGGGAAGAGAUAAUUGAAAAGGUCGAAAAACAGAAGGAAAAAUUAAAUGAAGAUAUGAAACAACGAUUCAAUACCAAUACUUUAGGCCAUGCUGCUAUGCUAGGCGGUAAUGCUUUGGCAAUUUCAGGAAUAUGGUUUCCUCCUGUCUUUAUACCAGGUUUUAUUAUAUCGACUGGCGGUUGGCUAAGUGUUGCAGGAUCUGAUUCUGUUGCAAUAUUUAAGGAAAAUGAAGCAUAUCGAUUAUUUGAAGAAUGCCUUGUCAAUGACAAAAAAAAAAGUAAAUUGUUAGAAAAUUCGCAAGUAGAAUUAAAGGAAGCUAUUGGAAAAUUCAAAGAAGUUCGCUCACGAUUCGAAGAUUCAGUGUAUGCGGAACAGAAUAUUGAUAGAAAAAAAAUUGAUGUAAUUAAAAAUGUACUGAAAAAAAUUUUAGGUGAAGAAAUGGAAACCGGUGUUAGUUUAAAAAGUGAUGAAAAAAUUGAACAUUCUACCGGUUCAAAGGCAGUAAGAGCUGCUGUAGAAGCCUUUUGCAAACUUGUACCUUCUCCUUUGUCGUUUUAUUGUAUUUAUCGAGAUCAUAAAGAAAUUGAUGACCGUACUUCUUUGAAAGAUAUGGAAAAGAUAAUUGAAAAUUGGAGGAAAGAAUUGGAAGAUCUAAAAGGAAAAGAACAGCAACUAAAUAAAGAAUAUGAGGUAAUUAGUUUGUGUAGAGAAGAAAUAGCAAAAUUACUAUAA